UGGUCUAGGCUCUGCUUGUAAUUACAUUUUAGACCUUACAUAAUAAAACGUUCUACGAGAUAAACGUUAACAUUGUACACCCAAAAGUUACAGCAGCAGAUAAAGAGAGAGAGUCUCUCUCUCUCUCUGUAUGUCAUAUGUAUGGGUGGCUGACUGGGGUUAGUCUCUUCUCUUCUGGCUCGGUUUUUUUGGCGGUGAUGUUCCAGACCUUGGCAUUCGAUAUCUUGUCGGGACUCGCAGACAGUGACGUGUUCCCACUACUCCAUGCGCACGUUACCCCACACCCACACCUCUCCCCUUCCCUCUCUCUCUCUCUCUCUCUCUCUCUCUCUCUCCGUAGAGAGCAAAAAAGAUAAAGUCCAACUCUUAAGCUUCCUUGCACACAUCCCCUGUACCUUUCCACCACCAAUGCAGUCCAUCUAGUCAAAUCACAACCCCACACGUCACCCAAAAAGGGCACUUCAGUAAUUUCACGAAUCCAAGACAGUGUUUUUUCCUCAUGGUUGGUUCGUUGCGGUUGGCGAGUCUACAUGAUAAUGAAGAGUGAGAGUGUGGAGUGUAGAAACUCACUCAACUUGGAGCUCGGAACUUGUACAGGAACCAAACACCGUUUACCAGAGACAAGAGAAAACCAGGCUCUGCAAAACCGCCUUUUUUUCUUUUUCUUUUUCUUUUUCUUACGGAGAUUUAUUAGGUAGAUAUAGGUACAGUGAGUGAUGCUGCAGGAAGUGUUAUCGUACGCCAGGGAGCGUUGGGACACUUAACGUACGCCUCGCAACCCCAGAAAUGGUAAAAAGGUUCAGACUUUGCAGCAGCAGAAGAGAGAGAGAGGCUUCAAUGCUCAAAAUACGGAGGAGGCAGGCCCCUACUACACAAACACAAUCUUGGGUUAGUUUGCUCGUACUAACCAACCAGAGAUUCUCCACUAUUGAAAGCAACCGAGGUCUAAGGAAGCUGCUUGCUUGAGGCUUACCUUACCACAGAGAAGAAACACAACAACACAAGGCAUGCACUUUGGUCUUUGUGGUUGUAGUACCUACCUAAUAUACACGUAUAUUAUAUAUACAUAUAUAUGUAUAUAUAGUAGCUAGCAGACAUGGACGAUAGCAGACAUGGACGAUGGUGUUGUCAGCUAAAAUAGGGAAAUCUCAAUCUAAGACGCUACACUGCUCUACAGCAACAGCAACCAAACAAAGAACAAGAAGGGGAGAGAGAGAGAGAGAGAGAGAGGUGUGUAAUAAGCGAGGCUAAAGAUUUGAUCUUUUGCCUUCCUUAAUUAGCUAGCUCGGUGCUUGUCGUUAUCCAAUUCAAACCAACCAAAAACAGAAAGAGUGUAAAGACAGGAGCUUUGUUUGGUUCUCUCUGGGAUUUGUUUCCUUUCUUGCUUGGAUUUGGAUUUGGAGUUUUGGGUUUUCUCCUUUCUGAGAUUUAGAAAUCCAUGGCGAAUCGAUGGUGGGCUGGAAAUGUAGCCAUGGGAGGAGGGCAUGUGGACUCAAUCUCCUCAACUCCUCCAUCUCUUCACCUCAGAAACACAGAAGAACAGCUCGACGACCACAACACCACCAACACUCCCACUAACAGCAGCACCAGCAACCCAGCAACCACCCCUAACAAGCAAAACGACGAACACCACGAAGACGGUCGGGACAACAACGAUCUCGAAGCUGAUAAUCAGGACCCCAACACUGGCAGCGGUAGCCACGACAGCCUCGAGCCGGGAAGCAGCAACCGGAGACCGCGUGGCAGACCUCCCGGGUCGAAAAACAAGCCCAAACCGCCAAUAAUCAUCACCAAAGAGAGCCCCAACGCGCUCCGGAGCCACGUCCUGGAAAUCAGCAGCGGCAGCGACAUUGUGGAUAGCAUUGCCACCUUUGCCCAAAGGCGGCAUAGAGGGGUUUCGGUUCUGAGCGGAAGCGGCAUUGUCGCCAAUGUAACUCUACGACAUCCUGCAGCACCAAGUGGAGUGAUCACACUGCACGGGAGGUUCGAGAUUUUGUCGUUGUCGGGUGCCUUCCUGCCCUCUCCCUCCCCGCCCGGGGCGACGGGGCUGACAGUGUACUUGGCCGGUGGACAGGGGCAGGUGGUGGGCGGGACUGUGAUGGGGGCAUUGGUGGCUUCAGGCCCUGUGAUGGUCGUUGCGGCGACAUUUACAAACGCAACUUACGAGAGAUUGCCGCUUGAGGAUGAGCAAGCUGGAGAAGGAGGGAUGCAGGUGCAGCAACAACAGCAGCAGCAGCAACAAUCUGGUGUGAAUUCGGCAGGGACUGGAGGGAAUUCAGGUUCUCAAGGUUUGGUGGAACAUACUAGUUCAAUGGCCAUUUAUAAUUUGCCUCCAAAUUUGCUUCCAAAUGGUCAGAUGCCUCCUGAUGUGUUUUGGGGUCCUCCUCCUCCCAGACCCCCUCCUCCAUCGUAUUGAGAGAAAGGGUUUAGGGUGCUUGGUUUCAUCACUGACUCUCUUUUUUUUUUCUUUUUUUUUUUUUUGGUGUUUUUGUGCAAAAUGUUUUGGCAGCUUUUUGUAGGCAUAACAAGCAAGGUAGGACUAUUUUGUUUAUUAUCUUUUGCUUGUGAAUCACUGAAUCUCAAUGUUUUUAGCUUGUUGUUAGGUUUUCUUGAGUAGCUAUGUUUCAAAACUGGUGGAUCAUCAUGGAUGUUACCUUUGUUCCUUUCGUUUAAUCUUCUUGUGGAAGAAUACAUUAAUGAUGGUGUAGGCAAAGAAGCAAAUAGUGCAGAAAUGGGGGUUUGGAUUGGAGCUAUUGAAAUUUCAUGGCAAACUGUUUGUGAAAUUCUUCCUUUUUGGUAAGCCUUCCAAAUAUUUUAUCUUUGCAUUCAAUAAUAUAACAAGAACAACAAUGAUGCCUAGAAAGCAUAUUGUCAUAUAUUUGUAUCUCCAACUUUAGAAAUUAUUAUGUAUAUUUUAUCUUCA